AUGGCGCCCGCUGAACCUAAUGCAAAACCUUUCGAGCUUUUGACUGCCGAUGAACCCGAGUUCCUAGAAGAGAGAGAUGGAUGGAAGGGGUACAUUGAGUGGGAGAGGUAUCCGGAGAAGAAGAAGAAAGCAGCAGAGAUCCUGGCCCAAUAUGACUUCCCCGUACCACCCGAAUUUCAACUGGCGCCACUCCCAGACACGAAUCCUGUGCUCGAAGGUGUACGCUGGAAAUACUACCAUUACGCCAUGGGAAAGACACUGAAAGACAUACCGGCCAUCUCGUGGGAUUACGUCAAGAAGGAGAAGAGUGAAGAUAUGAUACACGUCUUGCAGUUCCCUUACAACGGCGAGCCACCACGUAAGCGAUUGGUAGAGAACGAGAUUACCAGCAACAAAGAUCACUUCAUCCGGAAUCACGGUGGUGUCCCUGAGAUUGACGCUAAUAAGUACUUCUUCGAGGUUGAAGGUCUUGUCGAUACGCCCAAAAAGAUUACUUUGAAGGAACUUCAGGAUGAAAGCAUAUUCCCUCGCAUGAAUACCUGCGUUACCCUACAAUGCAGUGGCACACGCCGUAUUGAACAAAUCCAUGACUACCCUGGAGAUGGAGACGAACUCAUCAAUGCGCCCUGGGGUGAGGGCGCCAUUGGCACCGCCAGGUACACAGGCGUCAGUCUGAAGAAGGUCCUCAAGUACUGUGGUAUGAAGCCAGAGGGAAAGCAUGUGGAGUUUUUCGGUGCCGACACGUAUUUCAAGAAAGGACAGGUAUAUAACUAUGCCGUGUCAGUGCCGACACGCAAGGUUAAGCUGAACGAAGUCAUCCUUGCCUGGGAGAUGAAUGGCGAGCCGUUACCUGCGAUCCACGGAUUCCCGCUCCGUGUAGUGGUGAUGGGCUACAUUGGAGCAAGGAGCUGCAAAUGGCUGACACGCAUCAACGUCAUCGACGCUCCUUCCAUGGCGCCAGUUCAGAUGAAGGAAUACCUAUAUUAUACUCCGCAAAAGGGCAAGCAAAAUGUGACGUACAGCAAUGGGUUUAGCAUUCAGAAGAUGCCAGUGUCUAGUGCUAUCAUGACACCAGUCGACAAAGAUGUCAUCAUCCACGAUGGAAAAAUCCGCAUGACUGGUUGGGCCUACAGUGGGAGUGGUUGGCCAGAACGAGUCGAAGUCAGCAAUGACGGUGGUGGAGUUUGGUACGAAGUGCCGCAUGAAAAUAUGAGCAAGAAGUAUUAUCACGCCUGGCGCACCUGGUGGAUUGAUAUUCCGGUUGAUGCAGAGGGAUGGCUCGAGUUUUGUGUGCGCUGCUGGGAUGAUGCUUUGAAUACCCAACCAACAUUCGUACGAAGUGCAUGGAACUGGGAUCUUCACGUAACCUCGUCGUGCCACCGCGUCAAGCUUUACAGCGUCAACAGCACUAAGCCAGCAACUGCCCGGCGUCUCAAGCAGCUUGAGGAGCACGGGGCGUCGAUCAACCCUAUCACCAGGCCCCUGCCAUUCGAUCUUGAAACAAAUGAAGAGUACUUGGAAGAAAUGAGGAAACGUGGAGGUCGUGAUCCCGAUGAGUAAUGUGCAAUGCAGUCAUCAAGCCAAGGUGUUUGGCAAGAAUAGUCAUACGUUUAGGAAUCCCAGAGAUUCUCCCUAGCCAGUCAGGGCUGCUGUUCAUUUGAUGUAUUCCUGAGUGAGCAGUAAUGCUGGCUGGAUAGUAAGCAUAUGUGGAUGUGGCGUCGCUGAGACAGUUACACAGCCUUAGUUUAGGAGUGGGGUAAACCCUCAUGAUAUACAGAAAGUGUGUACUAUGCACCAUACCAUUCAAUACGAUAAACACA